ACAGGCAAGCCGAGGAAGUGGAAGCUCGGUUUCCUUUGAGUCAGUGUGACGUGCCCGGCCAAUCACAUCGAAACGAGGACCAACAAGAAGUUCAUUUCAACGAUAAAGGAGCACAGAACGGACGGAGGGAGCGAUAGACAGACAGGGAGGUGCAGAGGGACAUUUUUGUAUUCAGAAAACAUGGCAACUCUGGAGCAGAAGCUUAUCACCCCGGUCUCUCAAGCUCAAUCAGAUGCUUCAAGAAAUAAGGUCACUGUUGUGGGUGUAGGCCAAGUUGGGAUGGCCUGUGCUGUCAGCAUUCUCUUGAGGGACCUUGCUGAUGAGAUGGCUUUGGUUGAUGUUCUGGAAGACAAACUGAAAGGAGAAAUGAUGGACCUUCUUCAUGGCAGUCUGUUCCUUAAAACUCCAAAGAUUGUGGCUGACAAAGAUUAUGCCGUAACUGCAAAUUCUCGGGUGGUGAUUGUGACUGCUGGGGCACGUCAGCAGGAGGGCGAAAGCCGUCUCAACCUGGUCCAGAGAAAUGUCAACAUCUUCAAAUUCAUCGUCCCUCAGAUUGUAAAAUACAGCCCCAACUGCACGAUCAUUGUGGUUUCCAAUCCAGUGGACAUUUUGACCUACGUAACUUGGAAAAUUAGUGGCUUCCCGAAGAAUCGUGUGAUUGGCAGUGGCUGUAACUUGGACUCUGCCAGAUUCCGCUACCUGAUGGCUGAGAAACUUGGUCUCCAUCCAUCCAGCUGCCACGGUUGGGUGCUUGGUGAACACGGAGAUUCCAGUGUUCCUGUUUGGAGCGGCGUCAAUGUGGCAGGAGUUGGGCUGCAGCAGCUGAAUCCUAAUAUUGGAACUGCCCAGGACAAGGAGAACUGGAAGGAUGUGCACAAAAUGGUUGUGGACAGUGCCUAUGAAGUGAUUAAACUGAAGGGGUAUACCAACUGGGCUAUUGGCCUUAGUGUUGCUGAACUGACUGAAUCCAUUGUGAAAAAUCUAAAAAGGAUUCACCCAGUGUCCACCAUGGUGAAGGGCUUGUAUGGCAUACCAAAUGAAGUCUUCCUGAGCCUGCCCUGUGUCCUGAGUGCUGAGGGUCUGACUGCCAUCAUCAACCAAACCCUGAAAGAAGAUGAGGUGGCCCAGCUGAGGAAGAGUGCUGAGACCCUCUGGGCCAUUCAGAAGGAACUGAAGGAUCUGCAAAGUUAAGCUAACUGUAAAUUGGUUAUUUAUAGCAAAGAGUAUCAGCAUUCUUUUGCAGUGGGAGUAGUGGUGUUACUGUGUACACCCAAAUAGCACAACUGAUAUGGCUGUCAUCUACAAACAAUAAAAUAUAUUCCACCUA